GCGCCCAGUAGAGGCUAUAAAAACUGCGUUUUUCUACUUUCGUCUGUCCUUUUUAACUGUAUAGAUACAGGCCUUUUGCCAUGUCUGGGCGUGGUAAGCAGGGAGGCAAAGCUCGCGCCAAGGCCAAGACCCGCUCUUCUCGGGCCGGGCUUCAGUUUCCCGUGGGCCGAGUGCACCGCCUGCUCCGCAAGGGCAACUAUGCCGAGCGGGUCGGGGCUGGGGCACCCGUGUACCUGGCUGCGGUGCUGGAGUACCUGACCGCCGAGAUCCUGGAGCUGGCUGGCAACGCGGCCCGCGACAACAAGAAGACUCGCAUCAUCCCGCGUCACCUCCAGCUGGCCAUCCGCAACGACGAGGAGCUCAACAAACUGCUGGGCAAAGUCACCAUCGCACAGGGUGGUGUUCUGCCCAACAUCCAGGCCGUGCUGCUGCCAAAGAAGACCGAGAGCCACCACAAGACUAAGUAAAGACCGA